AUGCAAUUUUCCGAAUCACAAAGCCGCUUUCUCGAUAGCGUGCAGGAUGCUCUUGCCCGUUAUGAUUCGCAAUUGAAAGAUAUCAAUCACAAAAUUUGGUCUAAUCCGGAGCUUGCAUACGCAGAGUAUGAUGCUCACAACCACAUUUGUGAGCUUUUUGAUAGCCUCGAGGAUGAAGGAUAUUCAGUCACCCGCAAAGCUUAUGGUCUCGAAACUGCCCUUGAGGUUGAAUAUACCCAUGGCUCCGGGGGUAGAGUUGUAGCCUUCAAUGCUGAAUAUGAUGCUCUUCCGGGAAUCGGACAUGCAUGUGGUCACAACCUCAUUGCCACCAGCUCGAUAGCGGCCUUCAUUGCUGCGUGCGAGGCGAUGAAGUCAUCACAUAAUACAUCGGGCAAAGGAUUCACCCUCCGUCUCAUCGGUACUCCAGCAGAGGAAUCUGGCGGUGGAAAGGUGCGUCUGCUCAAGCAAGGAGCGUACAAGGAUAUAGAUGCCUGCCUUAUGGUACACCCGGUUCCGAUGGUGCCGGGGAGCCCCGACUUGAUGGGAAUGGCGACUGUCGUUGAAGGUGGAUUCCUUGCCAAUGACAAAGUGAAGGUUACUUUUACUGGAAAACCAGCGCACGCCGCAGCUGCUCCUUGGGAGGGUAUCAACGCGCUUGACGCUGUGGUCUCCGCGUACGUUAACAUUUCCAUGCUUCGCCAACAGAUCCUCCCAGCCCAGAAGAUCCACGGAGUAAUUGUGAACGGUGGCGAUCGUCCAAACAUUAUCCCAAUGUCUGCGACUGUGGACUACUAUAUUCGUUCGCCAACCGUCAAGUCGCUUAAACCUCUGACAGAGAAAGUUGUGAAAUGCUUCGAGGCAGCCGCAACUGCCACCGGGUGCAAGGUUGAUUUCGACUGGGGUAUCUCAUAUGAUGACCUGAAAACCAAUAUGCCGAUUUGCGAAAGCUACGUUUCUGUAAUGCGCGCCCUGGGUCAUCAUACUUUGCUGGAUAACUCAACCCAAAAGAGCACUUUGGCCGGAGCUUCUACUGACAUGGGAAAUGUUUCCUAUGCGGUGCCUGGAUUCCACGGAAUUUUUACAAUCCCAACCGAUGGAGUCAACCAUACGCCUCAAUUCACCAAGGGCGCUGGAUCAGAGGAAGGGUAUAAAAGAGCACUGUAUUGCGCGGCAGGUAUGGCUGUCGUAGCAUGUCAGAUUCUUGUUGACGAUAAAUUUGCCGCGGACGUGAAGAAGAACUUCGAGGGAAACUGA